GAAUUUUUGCUGAAUUCUAUGGUGGUGCUUUUUUGCUUGUUGAAGAUUGAGAGGAAUAGCGGCUGUGGCAGAGAUGGUGAUGAAGGUUUCUCUGCUUUCUGCUGCAGUUGAUCUGCUUUUUCUGUGCAUUCUGUCGUCUGUUUCUGCACAAUCCUCUGAUGAAAGAAUGGCACUUCUUGGAUUGAAGAGAUCCUUUUCUGAUCCUCAUGGGAUUCUUCACAGCUGGAAUGCCAGCAGCUCCGACCACUGCUCGUGGUUCGGAGUUUCCUGCAGUUCCGAUUUCAGAGUUACGAGGCUGGAAAUCAGAGGUAAUUUCUAUGGCUCUCAUCCUUGCUCUAUCGAGUCGGAAUUGGCGUUGCAUGGUUUUAGAAUCACGAGAAACUGCUCGGGUUGGUCUGUGGCUAGUGGGACUCUAGGGGGAAGAUUAUCGGCUGUUAUAGGAAAGUUGACCGAACUUAGGGUUCUAUCGCUUCGUUAUAAUGGAAUUGGUGGUGAGGUUCCUUCUGAGAUAUGGGGAUUGACAAAUCUUCAAGUGCUUGAUCUUGAAGGGAAUGACUGUAUUGGUCGUUUCUCGGAUUUUGAAUUCUUCGGUUUGAGGGAUUUAAGGGUUCUUAAUCUUGCGUAUAACGGGGUUUUUGGGAGGUUUCCACCUUCUCUGUCGGAAUGUAGGGGAUUACGGAUUUUGAAUUUAGCGGGAAAUGAAAUCAUGGGCGUCAUCCCCGAUUUUCUCGCGGGGUUUGGGAAGUUGAGAGUUAUAAAUUUGUCGUUUAACCGGUUGGUUGGCUACAUUUCAAGUACUCUUGGAUAUGAUUGUGCGAAUCUCGAGCAUUUGGAUUUGUCGCAUAACUUCCUAAAAGGGAAAAUUCCGCGAGCUUUAGAGAAGUGCGGCCGGUUGAGGACAAUUUUGCUAUCGUCGAACGCACUACGUGGCGCUAUCCCUGCUGAGCUUGGGAAGCUUCGAAAUCUUGAAGUUUUAAACGUGGCAAGAAAUGGAUUAAGUGGGCCUCUCCCUGCGAAUCUUGGGAAUUGUACUCGUUUGUCGGCUCUUGUCCUCACGGGUCACUUCAAUGCUCUCCGCGUGAAGAGCCAUCCACGUGGCAGAGCGCCUCAUAGAUCUUCCGAUGCAGCUUUGGGUCAUGAUAAUGAUUAUAACUCCUUCAAAGGUACCAUUCCUGAAGAUAUAACAACACUUCCAAAACUCGAGAUUUUGUGGGCUCCGGACGCAGGCUUUGAAGGCCACUUUCCGAGAAAUUGGGGCCGUUGUAAGAGCAUGAUGGCAGUAAACCUAGCUCGGAACCAGUUUACAGGUGCUAUUCUUGGACUAUCUACAAAUUGCACUAAUCUUCAAUACCUCAACUUGAGCUCUAACAGGCUGACUGGGAGAUUGGAUGAAAAUCUUCAGUCAUCGUGUAUAACGAAGCUCGAUUUGAGUGGGAAUCUGCUAUCGGGUCCAAUCCCGAGUUUGAACUGCCAUCAUCGGACCUCCAUCUAUGAUUCAUAUGUUCCUUACUCGCCCUUCUUGGCUCUCGAGGUCCCGGUUACAGACAAUGAUCUUCGCCACGAGAUACAAAAAGAAUUACUGAAACAGAUUCAAGCGCCUCCUCCUAAAGAGGCAGGACUCAAUUUGAAGGGCAAUGAUCAUCAACGUAACUUAAUCGUGGCAUCCGUGGUAUCUGGAUUCGUUGCAGUGGCUAUGAUUUUGAUAGCUCGGAUCUGUUAUAGCAGAAGGAAGAAACCGGUGACAACGACAGCGUCUGAGAUUCCAGCCUCGACUGAGCCAGAGAAAGUCAUCCUCUUCAGUGACGUUGGCGUGGAUCUGACCUUUGACGACAUAGUCGAGGCAACGGAUAAUUUCAACAUAAGAAAAUGCAUUGGAAGCGGCGGAUUUGGCAAGACCUACCGCGCACAAUUAGCUUCGGGGAGAAAUGUGGCGGUGAAGAGGCUGACUGCAGAGAGGCACCAAGGCGCGGGGCAGUUCCACGCCGAGGUGAGCACGUUAAGCCAAAUUCGGCACCCGAAUCUCAUCACGCUCUUGGGAUAUUACGCGUGUGGAGAUGAGAUGAUGUUGAUAUAUAACUAUCUGCCCGGAGGGAAUCUCGACCAGUUCAUCAAGGAUCGCACGAGGAGAACCUUCGACUACGCGACGCUGCACAAGAUUGCACUCCACAUUGCCUCCGCGCUCUGCUACCUGCACGACCAGUGCAUCCCGCGCAUCCUGCACCGAGAUAUCAAGCCUAGCAACAUCCUGUUGGAUGGCAACUGCAACGCAUAUCUGGCGGACUUUGGACUGAGCAAGAUACUCGAGGGCCCGGAGAGCCAUGCCAUGACGCGCGUGGCUGGGACCUAUGGGUACAUAUCUCCGGAGUAUGCGCUGACAGGGGUGGUCUCGGACAGGGCGGACGUGUUCAGCUAUGGCGUGGUGCUUCUGGAGCUCAUGUCGGAGAAGCGGGUGCUCGACCCCUCGUUCUACUUGCACAGAAACGGAUUCAACAUCGUGUCAUGGGCGUGUAUGCUGCUCGAGAAGGGCCAGGUGAAGGAGGUGUUUGUGGACGGCCUGUGGGACGCGGGACCACACGACAAACUGGUGAAAUUGCUGCACGUGGCCGUGAUGUGCACCAUCGAGUCUGUUACGGAGCGGCCGGCAAUUAGGCAGGUGGUGCAACAGUUGCAGCAGAUUGAGCCUUGUAGUGAUUCAGUUGUGCAAUAAGAGGCAAGAAACGCCACUCCAUAUUUUACCUGUUUUGGAGUGAGCCAUUUCUAAAUUAGAUGAAAAAUGAACAACUGUGGAUAAUAGUUUUAUGCCAUUUCUGAUUUCUUUUACCUGCAUUUUGAAUUGUUUUCUGGAAUAUACUAGUAUCAUUUUCCUUUGGGGGAA